CUUGAGAACUAAGCAUAUCAUCGCAAACUUACUACUGCAUUGAACACUAAUCAUCCUGUCCUCACAACGAUAAAUUCUUAAGUCUUGAACAUGGCCUCUACCCUUAAAUUUCUGGCACUACUAGUUGUCUCAUCAGCCAUUGUUCAAAUAGCAAUGGCAGGAGAUCCAGAUAUUCUUUCUGAUUUUGUUAUCCCACCAAAUAUGAUCACACUUAAUGGUACAUUCUUCACGUUCAACGGUAUGCGUGUCCUCAAUGAUGCUGCACCGCCUACAGCAUUCAAGGUCUUGAAAGCAAGCAUGACAGAAUUCGCUGCUCUCUUUGGCCAGAGUGUUUCAUAUGCUGCUCUUCAGUUCCCGGCCGGUUCUCCAAACCCACCGCACACUCACCCUCGCUCUGCCGAGCUACUUUUCCUUGCCCGGGGCUCUCUCCAAGUUGGAUUCGUUGACACCACCAACAAGCUUUUCACUCAAACACUUGAAGCCGGUGACUUGUUUGUAUUUCCUAAGGGUCUUGUCCAUUUCCAAUACAAUGCAGAUGCACAGAACUCUGCCCUUGCAAUAUCUGCUUUUGGAAGCGCCAAUGCUGGAACUGUUUCACUUCCUAAUACCCUAUUCACCACCGGCAUUGAUGAUAACAUCUUAGCUAAAUCCUUCAAGACUGAUGUUGCCACUAUUCAGGCUCUCAAGGCAGGUCUUGCACCCAAGCCAUGAAGUUAGGCUGCCUAACCUUAUUACUAUUUCUAAUUGUUUUCAAGUAUUUUGUGCCAACUGAUUUUAUGUCUUUGAUUGAGUGUUUAAUAAUAAUCACCCAG